GCUUGGAGUCUACGUCCCCACGUGUGACAACGAUGGACAAUACACCCCUGAGCAAUGCUGGGCCUCUACAGAUGGUAUGAUACGACCCAAGACUCCCUGUGAGAUUGCUAGAGAUACUGCGAUGGAAAAAGUCGGGCUUGGAGUCUACGUCCCCACAUGUGACAACGAUGGACAAUACACCCCUGAGCAAUGCAGGGCCUCUACAGGUUACUGUUGGUGUGUGAACAGUUCUGGACAGAAGAUCCCGGGUACUGAGACUCCUCCGGGCACUGCUAGAAUCAACUGUGCCACACAGAAUGCUACGAUACGACCCAAGACCCCAUGUGAGCGUGCUAGAGAUGAUGUGAUAAAUGGCCUAAUUGGAGCCUUCACCCCCACAUGUGACGCCGCUGGACAAUACACCCCUGAGCAAUGUUGGGGCUCUACAGGUCAAUGUUGGUGUGUGAACAGUUCUGGACGGAAGAUCCCGGGUACUGAGACUCUACCAGGCACUGCUAGAAUCAACUGUUCCACCCAGACCGGUGUGGAGAAUUACAAGCCUACGAGGACAGGACAUUCAUUCACCGAGAACGACGAGCCCCCGUUAGCUGAUUCUAGCAGCGAAGAGGACAAACCGGAGGAGUCCGAGCCAUGCACUUCCACCGAUGAUGACAGCUCUCUGGCUGGACAAGAACAGGUGGUCGCACCAGGCCUAGCUACACCUCCAAACAAUACCGGUGAAGACCCUACUAUCUUGGACCCAGACUCAGAUUCGUCGCUCCCCGUCCCCGGUGACAGUGGUGGUGCUGCUGCUAAAUCCGACUCCUAG